AUUUAAGAAAUCUGAAGAAAAAAAAAACCCUCAUUUCCCAAUUUUCAAAUUUCAAAACCCCCCAAACUCCAAAACACAAAACCUCUAUUACCCUCCAAAACAACCCACCUCGAUUUCACUCUCGCCCUCCCGAUUCGACUUAUGGCGGCCGCGGGAUCCGAACCCGGAUCCGACGCCGACGAGCUGGGCGAGCUGGAGUGCCAAGUUACCGAAAUGGCGGUGAAGAUUCAAGAGUACCGAGCCACUGUACCGGAGCAGCUCAAGAACGCGCUGACUUCCAUUAUCGAAGCUCAGAGACCCGUUUUGGCUGAUGGGUCGGAGCCUGGGACGUCCGGGGAUCCAAAUUCAGGACAGAUUACUUCUGAUAAGGAUGUGUUAGGGGAUCAGAUGUUUCAGAAGAUAAAUUUGCUUAGAGACAAAAUCUCUCGUAAUGUUGCUGCUUUGCCGAUUGUCUUGAAGAGGUUGAAGGAGUGUAUGUCUAAUAUUGACAAACUGGAUUCUCAAAACACAUUCAUACAUCCUGCAUUUAAACGGAAAAGGACUAGCUAGACCAAGUUUGCAACAUUUGAUUGGUAAGGAAUACCGAGAAACACAUUAACAGAAGCUUUAUUGCGAUGAAAUCUACAAUGAAACAAUCUGUUGUUGAUUGAGAGGGUGACACAUCUGUUUGAAGAUUGAUUGAAUUUGAUUGGUACGAUGAAGUAUGCCGCAAUGUGUAGUUGCUAACAUGUCAUUGUGUUUACGAGAUUUCCUUGUGAUGUAAUUACUCAAAAAGGGGAUUGAAUUGAAGCGUUCCGGCAGUGCCGCAAUGUGUGUUUGCAAGUGUUCCUAAAACGCUCAUAUUUCCGAUAAUCGUUGUGAAUUAGAAGUGCUGAAGAGGAGGAAAAUGAAAUGCGCAUGCCUUGUCUUCCUGUUUCCCUA